UACUUUCCUUCCUCAUCUUCUUCUCCCGUGUGCUGCUAUCAUUUCUCUUGUUUUCUGGAAUGUUCUGUUCUUCCUCUUUUCUCCAUCCUAUAUUAUUUAUUAUCGCAUUGAUAAGGCCCGACAUAUUUUGUAUGUUUUCCUUACUCACUUCAAACUUACCUGUCUGCAGAUUGUCAACUACCUGAAGAAACUGGAAAUCAAAUAUCCUAAGACUAUUGGGAUCUCUAGUUUGACCUUCCAGACAUUCCAGGGCAGAUCUGUGGCCUUCGUCAGGCUGUCCAAUCCGUACAGCAGCAACAAGAAACCGGUCAUCAUUGUGGAAGCUGGGAUCCACGGCAGAGAGUGGAUCGCCCCGGCCGCAACUCUGUGGGUCAUGGAGAAGAUACUCGAAAACUAUGAAUCCAGGGAACCUACUGCUAGACUGAUGCUGAACAAGUACGACUGGUUUGUGGUGCCGGUAACUAACCCAGAUGGAUACGAGUACACGCACACCAAGGACCGAUUGUGGACAAAGAACAGACGCUACAUCAGUAAGGGUUGCACGGGCGUCGACUUGAACCGCAACUUUGACAUUAUGUUUGGUACCACCGAUGUUGAAUACAGAAACAAAUGCAACACAGACACUUACCCCGGAGAAUCGGCUUUUUCCGAGCCGGAAUCAUCCAACAUCCAAGACCUGUUUGACAGUUUGUUCCAGCGAGUGGUCGCCUUCGUUUCGGUCCAUUCAUUCGGGCAGUUUGUCCUGGUUCCCUGGAGCUACACUAAUUACGAGUAUACGUCGACCAGCAAUGAGGAUUUAGAUCGGGUGGCUUAUUUGAUGACAUACGCCAUCUCCAAAAGACAUGGACGACUGUACAGCUACGGGAAUUCUUUUCAGAAGCUGAAAUAUGCGGUAGCGGGAAAUUCCAUUGACUGGGUCUUGAAGCGCAAACCAAAUGUCUACUCCGUGUCACUGAAACUCCGACCCUCAAUCUCUGCAAAGGAUGGAUUCCUUCUGCCGGGUUCUCAGAUCAUCCCUACGGGCGAGGAGUUCUAUGACAGUCUC